UUAUAAGUUGCUUUUAAUUAUGACAAGGAUCGGCUAAUUCAUAUUCAUAGGCUAAGAAGUCGCCCCACCGCAUAUCACAAGAUCUGUGGAUAUUCCUGUUAGAUUUUUUGAUUCGGAAACUUUUUGCACGUUAGGAAAUUUUCAGAGAAUACGACAUGGCCAAUGUGAUUUAGUCCUUUUGUAAGUAAUGAUUCAUAUAGAAUUAAUAAAGGUCUUUGCUCAAAUAUCGCUUUAUUAUUGAAUAAAAAUGGACACAGGUCCUAAACAGAAGAGAGAAAUCAAUCCACGUUACAAAGCAAAUAUAUUUUCCAUUUUAACUUUUGGAUUUACGUUAGAAACAUUCAAACUAGGAUACAACCGAGAUAUCAGGGAAAAUGAUUUGUAUGCACCUUUACCUGAACACAGAUCUGAUAUUUUGGGUGAUGCAAUUCAACGAACAUGGGAAAAUGAAGUGGAAGAUUGUAGCCGCAGUCUCAGAGAACGAAAGCCAAGCCUGUGGAAAGUCCUUUUAAAAGUAUUUGGAUGCGAGAUGAUGUUAUACGGCUUGGUAUUGGCUUCUAUGGAGUUUAUUAUCAGAUUGCAACAACCGUUGUUUCUUGGUCUCCUACUGCGAUAUUACAGCCCUGUUCAAGAAGAGCGAAAUGAGACCAUUCACUCAACCUAUCUUUCUCGCCUUUUUUCGUACUAUGACGUUCACGCCAACGUCACGUGGGGGGAAGCCGUGUUCUUCGCUUUUGGAGUAGUUUUCUGCAGUGCCAUCAACGUUUUCGUAGCCCAUCCCUUCAUGAUGGGCGUCAUGCAUAUCGGUAUGAAAAUGCGAGUCGGUGUAUGCAGUCUUAUUUACAGAAAGGCACUAAAAGUGAGUCUCCAGGCUCUGUCUGAAAAUGAUGGUGGAAUGGUAGUCAACUUAAUGGCAAAUGACGUCAAUCGGUUCGAUACGGGACCUCUUUUUGCCCAUUACCUCUGGAUUGGGCCAAUUGAGAUUAUUUUGAUGACAAUAUAUUUAUAUCGUGAACUAGGAAUGCCUGCCAUUUACGGAUCCUUGGUUAUUAUUGCUAUGAUCCCGUUUCAAAUAUUUCUGGGCACACAAACCUCUAUCUACAGAAAAGGAACGGCUUUAAAAACUGAUGAAAGAGUAAGAUUGAUGAAAGAAAUCAUAAUGGGUAUGGAAGUUAUAAAAAUGUAUACUUGGGAACAGCCAUUUCAAAACCUUAUAGCCAGUAUAAGACGCAACGAAAUCUACUAUAUAAAGAUGACGUCAUACAUCCGCGGUGUGGUACUGUCGUUCAUAAUGUUCACCUCGCGCUUCGCAAUCUUCAUUGCCGUGCUGCUAUACGUCUCCUUCGUGAGCCGCAUCACCGUCGAAAAUGUCUUCUUCCUCACCUGCUACUACAACAUCUUGAAACAAACCAUGACGUUGUACUUUCCGCAAGCCGUUGGCCAGAUAGCAGAAUUGAACGUGGCAAUACAAAGAAUAAGAGACUACUUACUCAGUGAAGAAUGCGAACUCCCUUCAAAAGAAGGCUCUGUAGAGAGAGUAUCAAUAAGCCGACCUAAGAAAAAAGUUACCAUUAUUGUAGAACCAAUUAUAGCUCCAAAUCGAACCAAUAAUGAUGAACUACCUAGCACGAGCCAGAAUAAACCUAUGGAUAAAAAUCGAAUCCACGGGGCCGUUAUUACAUUCACGAACGCUUGCAGCCGAUGGAUUAAAUCUUCAGGAAAAGACGAUGUGAAAUGCUUAAACAUUAAAAUUUUGUCCGAAUCACUGACUACAAUUGUUGGAGGAGUUGGUUCUGGAAAAUCGACGAUAUUGCAUAUGAUCUUGGGCGAACUACCUUGCUCUAGUGGCAGCGUGGAGACCAUCGGGUCCGUCAGCUAUGCAAGCCAAGAUCCUUGGCUCUUUGUUGGGUCUGUUCGCCAGAAUAUCCUUUUCGGACAACCUUUCAAAAGAAAUCGUUACAUGGAAGUAUGUAAAGUAUGCGCAUUGGAAAGAGACAUAUCUCUGUUCCCUCACGGAGACAAAACUGUUGUAGGCGAGCGAGGGGUCUCCCUUAGCGGAGGUCAACGCGCGAGGAUCAACUUGGCUAGAGCCGUAUAUAAAGAAGCUGAUAUCUAUUUGCUGGAUGAUCCAUUAUCAGCUGUGGAUACACAAGUCGCUAAACAUAUUUUUGAAAAAUGCAUCAAAAAGUAUUUGGAAGAUAAGACAGUAAUAUUAGUAACUCAUCAGUUGCAGUUUAUAAAAUCAGUGGAGCAGAUAGUUGUUAUGGAAAAAGGAAAAGUUCUUGCAGAAGGCAACUACAAGGAGCUGCAAGAGCAAGAGCUGAAGAUAUUCGAAAUGAUGGAGACCAACCGGCGGGAAGUCCACGAAGAUGACAGCACCAGCAUACAACAAAGCACUUCCGUCAGUCAACCUAGUACUAUUAGCAAACGGGCAUGGUCGGCUGUUUUAGAAACCAGCAUAUCAGAACAAAAGCAAGAAGCAGAGAUUCAGACGUCAGGUCGCGUACAUGGCUCGGUUUACCAAGAAUACUUCAUGACAGCAGCGUCAUGCCCGCUGGUCUCCUUCGUCUGCUUCCUGUUUCUUCUAGCCCAAGCCUGCGCCAGCGCUUGCGACUAUUGGAUAAGCCGAUGGAGUAAUGUAGAAGAUAAAUUGACUGGGGAUACCACGUUGGACAACAUUAUAUGGUCAGAACAAGGACUAGGACGGAAACAGUUUUGUUUGAUUUUCGGCGCGAUCACGGUGGCUACUAUCAUAGUUGCGUUAAUUCGGGCCUUCUCGUUCUUUUCUUUGUGCAUGAAGUCAUCAAUCGCGCUACACGAUAUGAUGUUCGAGGCAAUUUCGCGUUCACCUAUGAGUUUUUUCCACACAAACCCAUCAGGCAGGGUUUUAAACCGCUUCAGUAAAGACAUGGGAGCAGUUGAUGAGCUAUUACCUCAAGCGAUGAUUGAUUGUUUCCAGAUAAUCCUUAAUUUGAUUGGUGUCAUCAUAGUGAUUCUGCUGACUGAUAUCGCUCUUUUAAUACCGAUAUUUACCGCUCUUAUAAUAUUUUACAUAUUACGGACCGUUUACAUAAAAACUACUGGCGCUGUAAAACGAUUGGAAGGAAUAACUCGCAGUCCCGUGUUCAGUCACAUCAACGCCACCGUGAUGGGCCUGGCCACCAUUCGCUCGUACGGCGCCGAACUCCUCUUGGCCGUGGAGUUCGACCGCCACCAGGACUUGCACAGCGCCGCUUGGUACCUCUUCAUCACGUGCAGUCGCGCUUUCGGCUACUUCCUCGACUGCAUCUGUCUGCUCUUCAUUAUCUGCGUCACAUUCAGCUGUUUAAUGAAAACUGAAAUGGAGGGCAGUCAAAUAGGCCUGGCGAUCACUCAGUCGAUAUCGCUGACUGGCAUCUUCCAGUGGGGCAUGCGGCAGUCGGCCGAGAUGGAGAACCAGAUGACCAGCGUCGAGAGAGUGCUGGAUUACACCAAGUUACACCGGGAGCCUGCGCUCAUUACUCCUGAAGAAAAGCGACCACCGCCCGGUUGGCCCAAAGAAGGUGCCAUAAACUUCCAGAAUCUCAGCCUGAAAUAUAUAUCCGAUGGAAGUUAUGUCUUACACAAAUUAACGUUUCAAAUCAAACCUCAGGAGAAGAUCGGAAUAGUGGGUCGUACAGGGGCGGGCAAAUCUUCCAUAAUACAGGCAUUAUUCAGAUUGGCAUACUUGGAAGGAACCAUCUUGAUAGACGAUGUGGACAUCUCCACGCUCGGCCUUCACGACUUGAGGAAGAAAAUUUCUAUUAUUCCACAGGAACCAGUACUAUUCAGUGGUACGUUGAGGAAGAAUUUGGAUCCUUUCAACAACUAUCCGGAUAGCGUGCUGCUGAAUGCGCUGUACAAUGUUGAGAUGCAGAUGGAUCUAGAGGGUGCAGACAUGCUCUACUACCCAGUGGCGGAAGGCGGUGGUAACUUCAGCGUGGGCGAACGCCAGCUAGUGUGCUUGGCGCGCGCCAUCGUCAACAACGACCGCAUCCUGGUGCUGGACGAGGCGACCGCGAACGUGGACGCGCAGACCGACGCUCUCAUCCAGACCGCCAUCAGAGAACACUUCAACCACUGCACUGUGCUCACGGUUGCGCAUAGGUUGAACACCGUCAUUGACUCUGAUAAGAUUCUAGUACUGGACGCCGGCAAGCUGAUAGAGUUCGACCACCCGCAUAAGUUGCUGCAGAACAAGAAGGGCGCCUUCCGGAGAAUGGUGGCCGAGACUGGACCCACCAUGGCGCAGCUCCUGCACCAGCAAGCGGCACAGAGCUAUAAGAAGACGGAGGCGAAGUGAUAAAAUGUUUUUGAAAAUAUAUUUUAUUAUAAAAUAUUUUAUAUUUAAUAUUAAUUACAUAUUACAAUAAAUAACAUAUUUAUACACAUAACGUU